AUGGAGGCGGUCAGAGUGCGCCGACGGCCGCGGCGGCAGGUUGGACUCGAGGCUCCAGCCAAGGCACAUCUGGCGCAGCAAAUUGCCAACGUCGUGACUCUCUCGUUGCAGCAGAAUGGGCGUGAAAGUGGCAGUGGGAGGCUGUCAGGUCCUCUCGCGGGGACGCAAGGCCGGUUGGCGUCGACUUUGCGGCUGGCGGAGAAGAACGUAGCCGACAUGACAGCUCGCGAAGAAGUGACGUUUUGCUGUGAGGACGAAGAGCAGAAUGUGUGUGUCAUCUGCUUGGAAGGCAAUUUGGAAGAAGAGAGGGUGGAAGCCCUGCCUUGUGGCCACGUUUUUCAUGCUGAAUGUAUCGCGCAGUGGCUACUGUACCAACGAGUGUGUCCUGUGGACCGACGGUCAGUGGAUGAAGGCGAUGUUGUCAUCCACAGGUGA